CCGCUGCUCCUUUCCUUCCCAUAAAAGCUGCGAUCCCUGCCGCCGCGGAGUCAUCACCGCUAGUUUCUGGCAUCAUCAUUUUGAAUCCAUCAGCAGCUGUUUUGUUACUGAAAGGAUCAGAAUAUUUCCUCUGAUUGCCUUCCCUAUUGGGAGCUUUUCGGGGCUCUGCACACUUGAGCACUCAGCAUGGAUGACUUUGAGCGUCGCAGAGAGCUCAGGAGGCAAAAGCGCGAGGAAAUGCGCCUGGAAGCAGAGAGGCUAUCCUACCAGAGAAACGAUGACGAUGAGGAAGAAGCCGCCAGAGAACGUCGCCGACGGGCUCGACAGGAGAGGCUGCGGCAAAAGGAAGAGGGUGAUCUAUCAGGGGAAGUAACAGAGAAAUCAGAAGUUAAUGCCCAAAAUAGCGUGGCAGAAGAGGAAACCAAACGUACUACAACCACAGGUGGAACAGAUGAUGAUGCUGCAUUCUUGGAGAGACUGGCAAGAAGGGAGGAGAGACGUCAAAAACGUCUUCAGGAAGCCCUGGAACGUCAAAAGGAAUUUGAUCCAACAAUCACAGAUGAGAGCUUGUCACUAUCAAGCAGGAAAGAAGUAAAUAAUGUGGAAGAAAAUGAGACCACAGGGAAAGAGGAAAAUGCAGAAACACAUCAAGGUCACGCUGAGAAUGAGGAAACGAAGCCACACCAAAGGAAUAACUGGAGGCAAGAUGGGGAAGAAGAGGAAAAAAAAGAAGAAAAAGACAAAGAGGAGAUACAGGAGGAGAAACCAAAGGAGGUACCUGUGGAGGAAAAUCAGGUAGACGUGACAAUAGAAAAACCCAUAGAUAAAGAAGAGGCGGUAGAAACAAAAACUUUAGCUGUAAAUGCAGAGGAAUGCAAAGCAGAGAAUGAUACUAAUGCUGUGCUGGAAGGGGAGCAGAAGGGAGAAGAAGAGGCUAUAGAUAAGCUUAGAGAAGAAGAAAAGGAAAAGGCUGAGGAAGAACGGAAGAAAGCGGAAGAAAGGGAGAAACUUGAGGCAGAAGAAAGGGAGAGGUUAAAAGCAGAGGAAGAAAAGAGGGCAGCUGAAGAAAAACAGAAAGCAGAGGAAGAAAAGAGGGUAGCUGAGGAGAGAGAGAGAGCGAAGGCUGAAGAGGAGAAGAGGGCAGCUGAGGAGAGAGAGAGAGCGAAGGCUGAAGAGGAGAAGAGGGCAGCUGAGGAAAGAGAGAGGGCUAAGGCCGAAGAGGAGAGGAGGGAGGCUGAGGAAAGAGAGAGGGCUAAGGCAGAAGAGGAGAGGAGGGCAGCUGAGGAAAAAGCAAGGGCUAAGGCAGAAGAGGAAAAGAGGGCUGCUGAGGAAAAAGCAAGGGCUAAGGCAGAAGAGGAAAAGAGGGCAGCUGAAGAAAAGGCUAAGCUAGAAGCAGAGAAAUUAAAGGAAAAAAAAAAGGUAGAAGAGAAAAAGAUGGAAGAAAAGAAAAUAGAAGAUAAACAGGUAAAAGAGAAGAAAGUACAAGAGGAAAAAUCUAAAGCAGCUUUCCUAAGAAAACAGGGGGAAGAAAAAGAGGUUAAAGUGGAAGCUCAGAAGGAAAAGGAUGAGAAGCUUCGACCUACCUCCAAAAAAGAUCAGAUAAAAGAUGACAAGGAUAAAGACAAAGCACCUAAGGAGGAAUUUAAAAGUAUCUGGGAUCGUAAGAAAGGGCUUCCUGAACCAAAAGCACAGAAUGGAGAACGUGAACUCCCUGGCCAAAAACUUAAAUCUACCGAGAAUGCUUUUGGCCGCUCCAAUUUGAAAGGGGCAGAGGAGGCGAAGCGGGGGGCUCAGCCCGAAGCUGGAAAGCGCCUGGAAGACCUGCGCCGUCGCCGAGGAGAGAAUGAAAGCGAGGAGUUUGAGAAGAUGAAGGAAAAGCAGCAAGAAGCAGCUGUGGAGCUGGAGGAACUGAAGAAAAAGCGCGAGGAGCGCCGGAAGAUCCUCGAGGAGGAGGAGCAGAAGAAGAAGCAGGAGGAAGCUGAGAGAAAAGCCAGAGAGGAGGAGGAGAAGAAGAGGAUGAAGGAAGAAAUUGAGAGGAGAAGGGCUGAAGCUGCUGAAAAACGUCAAAAGAUGCCAGAAGAUGGUGUAACUGAUGACAAGAAGCCAUUUAAAUGUUUCAGUCCUAAAGGUUCAUCUCUCAAGAUAGAGGAAAGAGCAGAAUUUUUGAACAAAUCCGCUCAGAAGAGUGGUAUGAAACCUGCCACCACAACGGCAGUUGUCUCAAAGAUUGACAGUAGACUUGAGCAAUACACUAGCGCAGUUGUGGGCACAAAGGCUGCAAAACCAAAUAAGCCAGCAGCCUCUGACCUUCCUGUGCCAGCCGAGGGUGUUCGUAACAUCAAGAGCAUGUGGGAGAAGGGGAAUGUAUUUUCAUCACCCUCUGGGCCAGGAACACCAAAUAAGGAAACUGCCGGACUGAAAGUUGGUGUCUCCAGUCGUAUCAGUGCAUGGGUAACUAAGAGCCCAGAUGCCAGUAAAUCACCUGCUGCAAAACCUUCUGAUUUAAGACCAGGAGAUGUUUCUGGCAAGCGUAAUCUCUGGGAGAAGCAAUCAGUUGAAAAACCAACAACUUCUUCUUCUAAGGUAACAGCUGCGGGGAAAAAAUCAGAGACUAAUGGUUUGAGACAAUUUGAGAAAGAACCGUAGGAGGCUACUAAAGACGCUGGACAAAUCAGUUGGGGGAAAAAAAAAAAGUGCUAAAUUGUUC